AUGCCUCUUUUCCCCCCUGAGGCUCUUCUGAUGCCAUCCAAGAAAUUAUAUCUGAACCAGUUCACCUGCGCCAUUGUGGAAACUCCAUCUCUGAUUUGUCUGCUUGCUCCACUGCGUCUGCUGGAAGUACCAAUACCCAACGCUGAACCAGAGAUAGGUUUCGGGAUUCUCACGAAUGAGCUGAACAUAAGUCAAAUCUUGGUCUUCAUCUUCGUCCGUGUUUACGUCCCCGUCUUCAUCUUCAUAUGA